UUUCGCGAGAUUACGUCAUCAAUAUGCCAGCUGGAGUUCUAUAACGCGUGGGUGAACGAUAUGCUGCCCUUCUAUAAGCAAUUCGACGACCUCCGUGACGAGUCGAGCCCGGUGAAUUACCGCAUGGUGAGCGACUUGACGCUAUAGGAAGGGCUCGGCAAAUUUAUAGAGAACGCACUCCGAAAUUCCUAAGAAGAUCAAGAGCGUGUUUGCUGUUAGGGAUAGCUGUGUGAAAUAUGUUAAAUACGAUAACCAAGUUCAUACAUGGCUACAUAACACGGCAUCUUUGCGAUAGGCGUUACCGUAUGGCCAGAGUCUAUGGAGUUUCACGGGCCGACAAUGCUGUCAGUGUCACAUUCAGCCAAUAUUUUGAAGGGGGCUAUAAGAUUGGCUCGAUCGAUCCAGCAGAGUGGACAGAACCCACGUUCCUAGAGCUAGUCAGGAAGCAGAAUCAGCGUCAGAGUCUAUUGAUGGUGAAGAGUCUUCAGCUGCCGAGCAUGGAUGUCACCAAAAGCCUCCCGGUAGUCCAG